AUGGGUGUGCUAAUAGAUGUGAAUCGGUGUGUUAGUCGUCCAGGCAGACCUCAACGGGUGUCAUUGCCUUCGUCAGCCCCUCCCUCUGCGUCAACAAGCCUCCUUCAGCCCCUCAGCCGCCGCCAGUCUCAAGAGGAACCAGCGUCGGGCCUCUCAGUACGCUGUGACGUCAUUGCCUGGUGGCCUCAGGGGUAUAUAAGGUUGGUGUCACAGAGCCUCAAGCAUCAGUCCACCGUCAGUAGUGGAGGAAAGUACAUCUUGGUGCUCCUGCUGCUGACCACUGCUGACUGCUGCUGCUUUGUCUUCGUCAGUAGCUUCAUUUCCUUGAAGAUGAGGCCGCUUAUCGCCCUGGUCCUCGCCUCGGCACUGCUGAUGGUGUAUGUGGAGGCGGGACAUCUUGGAGGAGGCAAGGGAGGUGGUUUUGGUGGCGGCAUUGGCGGAGGUUUCGGCGGCGGCGGCGGUGGUGGCGGCGGCGGCGGCGGCGGCGGCGGCGGCGGUUUUGGUGGUGGAUAUGGCAAUGGCGGCGGUAGUGGCGGUGGAAUUGGCGGCGGCGGCGGCGGCGGACACGGCAAUGGGGGAUCUGGUUGCGGCCAUGGCGGCUGUGGACAAGGCGGCGGCUCCGGCGGCGGCUUUGGCGGCGGCGGACACGGCAAUGGCGGUUCUGGUGGUUGUGGACAUGGCGGCUGUGGACAGGGUGGCGGCUCCGGCGGCGGCUUUGGCGGCGGCGGCGGUGGCGGCGGUGGCGGCUCCGGUGGCGGCUUUGGCGGUGGCGGCGGAGGUGGACACGGGAAUGGCGGAACUGGCUGCGGCUAUAGCGGUUGUGGACAUCAGAGUGGAGGCUCCGGUGGAGGAUUUGGUGGAGGAGACAGUUAUGGCAAGUAAACAACUCACUCCGUGAUGCAAGGAGAGGGACCAGGAUGUGCCGCAAUCUGUAUUCCUUCCCAUCCUCCUCCUUAUCUUCUUCCUUCACAGUUCCUUUUCGUCUUAUUAUGAAUGCAUCACCAACAUCUUCCUCCUCCUCCUCCUCCUCAGCGUUGCAUUUUACCAAACAGCCUUGCAAGGACCAAAAGUUCUGUUGCUGUUUGGCUUUCCUUUGUAUUCCUCCUCCUCCUCCUCCUCCUGCUCCUCCUUAUCCUCUUCCUUGCCAAACUCGUCUUGGACUCAACAAUAAAAUGCUUCCCAGCAAA